AUGGCCGGGUGGACCGCGGAUGGCACCGGGACGCUACUUUGGAAACUUUCACCAACGAUCCGGCCGGGUGCAAGAACGGAUCAGGACCCUUUGGCCAGUCUAUCGGUGAGGUUCCCGACAACACGGCACAUCCUUAAGGCUGUGGAACCCUUGUCACACACCUUGGUGAGCUCUGAUGGCGAGUCUUUCGUAAUUGAGGAAGUGGUGGCGAGAAAACUGCAGAUCGUAAGGCACAUGAUCGAAGACGAGUGUGCAGACAAAGCAAUCCCGCUUACAAACGUCACCAGAAAGAUCCUCUCCAUGGUGAUCGAGUAUUGCAAAACACACGUCAAUGUUGUACAUGAUGAAGAAGAGAUCAGCAAGGAAGGAGACAAGGAGAAGAAGGAAGCUGAUUCAAGGUCUGAAGAAGAAGCCGUGAAGCUCAAGCAAUGGGAAGCAGAGUUUCUCAAGGAUAAAGAUCUGGCGACAGUCUUCCAACUCAUUCUCGCUGCUAACUAUCUCAACGUCCAAGGCCUUCUUGAUCUCACUUCCCAGAGCGUUGCAGAUCACAUCAAAGACAUGACGCCAGAGGAGGUUCGAGAGAUCUUUAAUAUCGAGAACGAUUACACACCCGAAGAAGAAGAAGAAGUUCGCAGGCAGAACUCUUGGGCUUUUGAGGAACCAGCUGCUGCUCCAAAACCCUAAAC